GGAAAAUGUUCUUCGAUUUUGAAAUAUUUUACGAUGGAGAAGACGAGCAAACGAUUAAGCAGAACAAAAUUUAUAGGCCUAGAAAAUAUUUUGAAGAAGAAAAUUUUAGAGAAAGAUUCAGGCUUGAUAGAGAACAAUUUGAAGAUUUUUUAAGUCAAAUUUCAGCUUCAUUAAAGCCAAUUAAUUCAACAAAUCACGCAAUGUCAGCUAAAGAUAAACUUUUAACUGCACUUAGAUUUUAUGCAACUGGAAGUAUAUAUGCUGUUAUUGGUGAUUCACAUGGACCAUCCAAAUCAUCAGUAUGUAGAUCCAUAAGACAAGUUACAAGAGCAAUAAAUUUAUACAUGUUUCAAAGAAAUGUUGGAUAUCCUGACAAUUUUGGUAGUAAAUUUAAUAGUUUGCAAAUUAUUUAAAAUUUAGCCAAUACAACAACUGGUUUUUAUGAAAAAGGAAAAAUACCAUCAAUUUUUGGUUGUAUAGAUGGAACAUUAAUAAAAAUAUUAGCCCCUUCAAAAUAUGAGGAACAGUUUGUGGAUCGUAAGAAUGAACAUUCUAUUAACGUAAUGCUUGUUUGUGGCCCAACUUUGAAAUUUUAUGAUGCAUCCGUUCGGUGGCCCGGGUCUACUCAUGAUUCCAGAGUUUUUAAAAACUCUCGCCUUUUCGAAAGAUUAUCAAGUGGUUGGAGGCCUUUUCAUGGAGCAUUUCUGUUAGGGGAUUCUGGUUACCCCCUUCGUCAAAUACCAAUUGAAGAAACUCAAGAUGAUUUAGAAGGAAGAGAAAAAGGACUUGAAAAAUUGAAUCAAAUUGUCGCAAUAU